UAUAUUUAAUAUUUGAAAAAAAAAAAAUGGAAAAUUUCUAAUAUUAACUAGACAAAGAAGAAUGGAAAUUUGUAGUAUAUUUAGGACUGGACAUAACGUAUAUUGUUUUAUCCUGUUAUCUUUGUCAUCUUUCAGUUUCUUCCGUAUUGUUUCCUUGCAUCCCUUGUUCCUCACACCUAUCAGUCAUUAGAUUCGGAAGCCUAAUCGAUUCUGUCAAGUUUCCGAUCGACUAGUUUUUGGUUGGAGUCUGUUAGGGUUUGGGCCAAAUCUUCUCAUUGCUGAUCGAUCUCUGCCCUAAUUUUUCUGAAAUUUAACUCUGUGGUUCUGGGAAUGACAAUGAAGAUGACGAAGAAGUACGGGUUGCAACUCAUGAAAAGGCAAUCAUCAGUUCGACCUCCACUUCGUACUGCUCCAUUAUUUGGUCAAGAUGAAGACAACGAUGUGGAUAUGGAAAUUUCUCGACAAGCUUCAAAGACCAAGGGUCUUAAGAGAAUUGAGGAGCAGCAUAAGAAAGCCUUGGAGGAGGACCCUUGUGCUUAUGCUUACGAUGAAGUUUAUGAUCAGUUGAAAAAAGAAGCAUAUCUUCCACGAAUGCAUGAUUGUGAAGAGCCCAAGUCAAGAUAUGCCCAGCUAUUGAGGAAACAGGCUGACCGUAGACAGAAAGAACGUGAAAUAGUUUAUGAAAGAAAGCUUGCCAAAGAGAGGGCCAAAGACCAACAUCUUUUUCCAGAUCAAGUAAAGAUUGUUACUGGUGCCUAUAAAAGGAAACUAGAGGAACGAGAACAAUGGCUGUCACAAGAAAGAUUGCUUGAACUUCUAGAAGAAAAAGAUGAUGUUACAAAGAAGACAGACUUGAGUGAUUUCUACUUCAACAUUGGAAAAAAUGUGACAUUUGGAGCUCGAGAUAUCAAUGCUAGAGAGGCAAAGAGGUUCAAGGAACAAAAAAGACGAGAGGAGCUGGGUAAAGAAGAUACAAGGGAAGAGAAGAAAACAUAUUCACUACUGUUGCCUCAAUAUGUUUAGUUGAUGAUACCAAAAAAAAAAAUUAUGUUUAGUUGAAUUUUAGUAAACUUUAUUCUAAUCAUAUGUAUAUAUUAUGUUUAAUUUUACUUGAAUGAACUAUUAAUUUAAGUAUGAAAAAAUUAUCUUUGGAUUCUCAAAUCUAUGUUUUUAAAGAUUCACUUUUAACAAAAAAAAA